AUGUUUCCGGCGCAUCAUUUUUCAAGAGGUCCGGUUUUCCUCGAAAACGCAGACACGAUGAGGAACCUUUUCUCUUCUCUGUGCUCCUUGGGCGACAGGGGAGGAAAGCCAGUCUGCGGUCUCCGACAGCAGCAGAGGCGCAGGGUGAAAAUCAACUUCCCUGUGCAAACGGCCAUUCAAGAAAGACGCGAAGCAAGACAAGAGAAAAAUGAACAGAGCCGCGGAAGCUCCACUCUCUCUCCUCCGACAUCUUCCUGUUUCUCUCCCUCCGCUUUCUCUCCUUCCUCUUCUUCGUCUUUCAAGUCUCUUUUGUCUUGUAACGUUUCGCCGUCUUCGUCUCCUCUGGUGUUGCGGUUUGAGUCUCGUUCUUCGCGUUCUCUUUUCUCUUCUUUCUGUCUUUCCGAUUCACCUCGGAGACCAUCGUCUUCGCCUUCUCCCUUACUCCUCUCCUCGACCGCGCAUGCACCCGGUUCUGGACGCAGGCACAGAGAAACAUUGUGGUGUCUCCGCUCCUCACAACGGGGUGUACGUACAGGCUUCUUCCGCACCGAUCCAGGUUUCAUCGACCCUGAGGACGUUCUGUUCGCAGAAGACCCGGUUAGAACCUGGUCGCACGCAGAUGGCGGCGGCGAUCUCGCGGAAGAAGUUCUUGAGAGAAGCAACGUCGGCAUGGGGACAUGCAUCUUGAACAACGCAUCUGGAGUGUUGAACAUGAAGGGUCUCUGCGGGUUGUUCCGCAAGCUUCGCGACCUGGAAGUGAAUCCCCUCAAGCGCUUUGUUGUCCUCACCUCUCGUCACCGCCAUUUCUUUAGCACAGGCUUCGAUCUCAAGGAACUUCUCUUCUUGGCGGAGCUGACUCAGAAGUCGACAGAGAAAACGAUUCCUCUCGUUGCACUCUGGCAACUGCGAAACCUCUGCGACGUCGCCUACCUCGUUCACAACUACACGAAGCCGCUCAUUGUUCUUAUGAAUGGCGCGACAGCUGGUAGUGGGGCGUCUCUGUGCUGUCUGGCGAAUCGCAGUGCGGCAUAUCAUUCCUCGUCCUUCACAUGCGACCCGACAGCGUAUGGAUGGAUUCCGGACUCGGGCAUGUCGUUCGUCCUUGCGAAUCUUCGAGGCUCUCUCGGCGUCUUCCUCGCUUUGACCGGACACACGCUGUCGGGUCCCGAUCUGAUAUGGUCCGGACUCUGCAAGCACUGGAUCUCCCCCGAGGCGCUCCCCUUCCUCGAACUCACUGCGGAAAAACAGCUGGAAGUGUCGGAGCGCGAAGCCGCGGUGCUUCUAGAGGAGCAUUUCCUUGACGCGCCUGAUGCGUACUCCCUCGAUGACUGGGAGGAGGUCAUCCACGAACAUUUCGAUGCCCCGACGGUUGCAGAGGUCCGAGCUCGCCUCAAAGCGACAGCCUCUCGGCAAAGCACCAGCGUCGAGGGCCAGUUGCACGCAGCUUGGGCUCGAGCUGUCCUCGAUCGUCUCGCGCGAAGAUCUCCUUUGGCUGCAGAUGUCACCUUCGCGCUCAUCCGGACUGUGCAGCAACUGAAGAAACAAAUUAUCCAGGAUGCAGGAAUUUUCCGAAGCGAGUGGCACAAAAUUCGACGGACAGGCUUAUCCGUCCCUUUCACUCUGCAAGGAGACUGUCGAAAGCAAAUCCUCGAAGCCGUCGAGGAUCGUUUGGUGCAGGAAGCUCUUCAGUUAGAGCUCCGCGCUGCUCUUCGCCUUCUCGCGUGGAGCACCGACACGAUUGAUGGCCUGCGGUCUGAGUGUGCUGGACGCCUCAAUCCGGAGUAUGCGUACCGUCCUCAAUGGAAGCAAAGUCAGCGAUUCCACAAAGAAUCGUACCUGACGCCAUUACAAGACUUUUUCCCUACCAUCUCAAGCUCUCGGGACGCUGCAUCCCAUCGAGCAGGACCGCAUAUUUCUCCGUCUUGCGCAUACUUUUUUCCUACGCCAGAAUUCACAGUGACACCCAGGACGUUCUUCCCGUUAUCUGCUCACCCCCUUAUCAGGCGAAUUCACCCCGAUUUCGACGAAGAGACAGGAAAUGACCAUAAUCCAUAUGCCAUGCACAAGCUGCAAAUGCAAUGGAAUCACUCGUUGUUUAUCCAGGAGCGCAUGCAGGCGCUCAGGCACUUCAGAAAUGUUGCAAACGUGUAGGUGCCUUCGCAGCGUUUGUCAGUGUCCUAACAUC